UUUUAUUUUGAAAUCUGAAACAGGGAGUGUUGCAGCUACAGUCAUAUGGACAUUAAAAUAAACCGUCUGAAACUCAAAAACAACCUACCAGUGAUGAGAAGCACGGCAUGGCUGAAAGACAGGACAAUGAGGUGGAAGAGGCUGAGCAGGUGUACCUGCUGAUGAAAGAUGAGUACAGGAUAUCACGCAAUGUGCGUCUGUCCUGGUUUCUUAACAGACUCAAUCAGGUCAUUCGACCCAGUCCACAGUCUGAGCUGCUCAAGUCAGAGAAUGAGUUGGAUGUUUUGAGUGUCCUACCAAAAGGAUGGCAGCCCAAUUCCCUUCCCUCGUCCUGCUCGUGUCUGCUGGUGCCUUCGACACGCGUGACCUUCCUGGCUCAUCGGUACCGCUUAAUCAUCGAGCUGGAUCUCAGUCCCUCCACUGGGAUUGUGGAUGACAGCACUGGAGAGAUGAUCUUUGAUGAAGUCUUCCACGCUCUGUCUCGGUGUUUGGCUGGACUGGCGAGACCCUUUAAAGUUCCAGGAACUGAUCAUGAGUUCCGACCAGAGAUCUUCAUCACUAUUCUAGCAUAUUCCUCCAUCAUUGGGCUAAGUUCACACCAGGUGUUGGUUCAGGGCUGUCAGCUGCACUGUAUGGAUCUGGAUCAGUUUCUGCAUCAGAUCUAUCAACAGUUGAGAACCGUGGAGAGCAACAUCGCUGAAGUUCUACAGCAGCAGCACAAUCAGAUGAAUGGUUCUCUGUAUCAGUCUUUCUCUAAUGAUGUUGUGGAGGAGGCAUCUCAGAGGAAGCCGGCGGUUUCUAUGGUGACCGCAGAUGUUGGGCUGGUCAGUAUGGUGAGGCAGGGGAUCCUGGCACUACAACUACUUCCUCCAAACUCGGGUGCAGGUAUAAUAAUCAUCACAGAUGGAGUGACGAGUGUCCCUGAUGUAGCGGUUUGUGAAACUCUUCUGAAUCAGUUAAGAAGUGGCACCAUCGCCUGUUCUUUUGUCCAGGUGGGCGGAGCAUACUCAUACGACUGUAGUUUCGGUUACAUCCCCAAUGUGGAGCUUAUGAAGUUCAUCUCCAUGGCAACCUUUGGCUCGUACCUGUCCAGCUGUCCAGAGCCCGACUCUACAGGCCAUGAGAUGAACGCUUACCACCGCGCCUUCCUCACAUACUCCUUCCUGAGGACUGGCGAGUCCAUGAACCCGGAGUACUACUGCUUCUCUCAGCACCGGCUGUUUAAUGAGCACCUGGUGUCGGCCAGUGGAAACCCGGCAUUAGUGAUGCGCAGGAAGAAACACACAGAGAAGGAAGUUCACGCCGACUUAAUCAGUGUUCUGUCCAUCCGACUGAGAGAGGGAUACACUAUCCGAGAGAUUAACAUCACUAAAGGAGGAACUCAGUUGGAGGUGAAGUUGGUUCUCCUCUGGAAGCACAACAUGCGCAUUGAGUAUCUUGCGGUGGCAUCAUGGCCCUUGGAUCCGACCAAACGCACCACUUGGGUGGAUGUGACGAUGGAGGGCAGCUACGACAUCCUGCACGACAUCAGCUGCACCAUGAGAAAGCCAAUCACAAGCCCUUACCGCACAACUGUCAUCCGACGCUUCUGGAACACUCUGCAGAGUAUAAAUCAGACAGAUCAGAUGUUGGUGCACCUGCAGUCCUUUAAUUCAAUCCCAGAACACUACACCAUUCCUGAAAGUACAAAAAAUGGAGUUCCUCUGUUUUAUAUUCCACCUGGAUCCACCACACCGGUCCUCUCCCUCCAGCACAGUGGCUCUAAAGACUCCAGCCAAUCACAGUUUGCCUCCUACUGGAAGCCCAUCCUGUCCAUUGAUGCAAACUUCUGGCAGCGCUGGCUGCACAUGCAUCGCAUUGCUAUCGUUCUGGAACAUGACAUCCCGGUCCCAAAACAUGUGCACAACGCUGGCAGUAAUGGACGAUUCGGUACCAUCCAGUGUCGAAUCUCUCACUCUGCGCUCACCUCACUGCUGAGAGACUGGAGCAGUUUCGUCCUAGUGGAGGGGUACUCGUACAUUAAACUCAUAUACAGUGCCUCUGAGUUGCCGCCUGUCUCCUUCUAUCUGGUCCGUCUGAUCUCUAAAGCUCCCUGUAUGGUGCUGAGAUUGGGCUUUCCCAUAGGAACUAUGGCACACACCAGAAACAAGAUUGUGGAUGAACUUCGAGAGCAGAUUCUACGGCUGCGGUUUCCUCAUCGAGUCCAGAAUAAGGAGGCCACACCGAAGACCAAACGCAAGAUUCUGGGUAACGCUUCGCCCUCUAAGUCCCCGCCUCUUCCUACGCCCAAUCCUGCACUGUCAGACCGGCCGUGUGUCGUAGUGCUCAACAAACCUCUUGAGAAACUACUCAUCAGGUACGAGAAGCUUCCGUCAGAUUUCCGUACACCUUUUAUCUUAAACAUGGAGCCAUUUGCUCAGCCGCUCAACAUGGGCGCCCCUCUCAGUAUGGCUGCCAGCCGCACAGCAUCAUCCACCAUGGCGUCACUCUCCCGAUAUUUCCUGCAUCAGCGCUGGGUAUGGGCUGUGCAGAACGGGCCAGGAACCGCUGUAUCCCUGCAGGCUGUGGCUCAUAUUCUGUCCAUGCUCUCUGAGAUACGUCUGUCUGAAGGCUUCCAUUUUGCAGCGAGUGGCGAGGGGAUUGUCAACAUGGUCACCGAACUGCCUAUGCAGGUGAAAACACUCAAGAGUCUGCCUGCUCAUUUGGACCAAGAAAACCACACCUGCAUUGUCCAGUACAUCCUGUUUCCACCACACUCUACUUCCACCAAGGACAGUUUCUCCACAGAUGAUGAUAAUGACACUGAAGUGGAGGCGAUAGAUAUGGACACAGAACUCAGUUUGGUGACAGAGUGUUGGGUGGAACCACAGAGUGGGACGGUCUGCAGUUUACUGGACCAGCACCGACACUUUCAGAACCUAACCUUCCAGGAGAUCCCUCAGGCUAUUUUUCCACUUGACAUGUCCUGUAUGUCCACGAUGAUUACGUUUGAAUACCUCAUUCAGCUGUGUCAGAAUAAAGAGCAGGUGUGCCCGCUCAACAGGCUCAAAGAUGCUCCAGGUGAGGUCACCGCCGCUGCUGCAGAUGACUGCAUACACACUGUGCCUUUUCAGUUUGACUUGAUGAAACUCCUGCCCAAGUGCCAACAGAUAGAGCUCUUUUUUUUCACGUUAAGUCGUGCAGAGCAAGUGGAUUCGACCCGUAGUGCCCCCUUUCUGCCCAAUGACCUCCUCCUCAGUCUCUUCCACAGCUCUCUGCAGAAUGAACUCAGUGAUCGAGAGAUCCCAUUGGCCGACGCGGAUCAUGUGGCGUUCAUGCAUCACAUUCUGGAGCGGGAGAGAGAUGGUCAUGUGGCUCCAUUCUCACUUCCUGUCAUUAAAGAAGAGUGUUUGAGGCCUCCAGAGCGACAGGACACUGUUCUGUCGUUCCACACUAUGAGCAGCAGUAAAGAGAUGAUGGGCUCCUCCAGCACACUACAGAGUUUCAGUAAUGCAGAUCUUGUGGAUGGUGAGUCCGCUGGCGUUGAGACCGAUGAAGCAUCUCCACGCUGGAAAUGUUACGUCAGAUACAUCAGUCAUCAACAGAUCCUGCUAACCUUCCUGCCAGCUACAUUUGCAGAUGUGCAGCUUUUGAUGUCUUCUGGACUGGAAACUGAACCUCAAAUCAGCAGCAGUCUGCAGGAGGAGGAGGAGAAGACUUGUAGUCAUGGCAAUGGCCAAUCACAGACUGAGUCUAUCAGCAACUCUGCCAAUGGUCCAGAGGUUGUGGGACGUCCUGCUAAUUUUAAAACAGGUGAAUGUGGAGAAGAUGUUGAAAGAUACUCGCUGUCCAUAGAGGAGUCUACAAUGGAGCCAGACACGGUGCUGGAGAUAUCUACAGAGCAAAAACACAUCAAUACAAGUGAUACAGUUACAGAAGAGAAGGACGGCGUGCAGUUUAUGGAGCCCCAGAAGCGAGACUGUCACAUCACAUUCAGCAGACAGGUGUCUCAGCAGAGCAGCUCUGAUGCAGCUCGACCCCGCUGUCCCAUCUACAUCUACAACUGCUCACUGCCGUCGCUCAAAGACCAGCUCGUCCAUCCACGAUCAGGACGCCAGCCUAGAGAUGUCUUUUACAGACCUCAAGAGAAAGAUUGCUGGGACUUCAGUCAGCAGUACAGAUACAGGUCAAUCUCUCAAGAGCGCAGUAACGCCUCCUCCUGGACAGAACUCAUGGCGCACCCUCACAAACACAAAGAACUGGCCAACUACUGCAGUCUUCUACAGGAACACUACUACCAGAGCUACGUCAAAGGUGUGUAUCGCAGUUUGCAGCAGUCGUAUAGUGUGAGUUCACAGGACGUCCUGACUGCCAUGGAUUACUGCGAGGAGUCACUACAGGAGAUUGACAUCACUUCCUUCCUGCAGACCCUGUGUGGACACAUACGAGUGUUCCGCGAGCGGCAUGAGCUGCACAGCUGUGUCAACGUAUGCAAGUCCAGUAACGGUCCCGCAACCUUCCUCAUCGGCGAGGGAGAGGAUGACACGGCUGAUAGAGCAACACUUGUGUCAUCAUCCAGUAUCGAGUUAGAGGACGUGAGUGAAACUGAUUCCAGAGGAAAACUGUCUGUUCCGACUUCACCUUUGGCCCUGCAUGAACCCAAGCCUCCUAAAAUCCUAGAAUUCCCACUGUCUCUGCUCCAGUCCCAGCAGAAGUGUGAGGUGAACCCAGACUUACACAAAAUCAUACAGGACAAGUUCACAGAAAUUGGUGCCCAGUAUUUCAAGACUGUACCUUCAAACCCACAUUAUUUCUUUUACUGUCCUCUUUCUUCCAAAAAAGAGGAGGACUCCGACAGAGAGGGAGAGAGGAGAGCCAGUGAAGAGUGUGAGGUUUCUGAAGCUGAACUGGCAACAGAAGAUGAGAACGUGUCUGGCUGCUGUAUCGUAACAGAGAGUGACACGGAUCUGGAAGUGGAGUAUCAGGAAUGUGGGAAUGGUAAAGCAGAGACUGGCGAACAGGAAGCUAAUGAUGGUGAGUCCCCAUCAGACUCCAACACGAUGAACCAGGAUGAAGAUUCUUUCAGCAUUCUGGAUGGAGACUCACUGCUUGACACGGAGGGUCCGCAGCCGGAGAUGCCCCCUCUGUUUGUGCACCUCACCUGCUCGGUCAACAUGAAGAGCUGCCAUGGCUCCAUGCCAACGCAAACAUUGCCGACCUGUCUGGGUGAAGUCAUCACUUGUCUGGAGAAUGCAGAGAAUCUUCAGUCGGUGGAUCUGAAUGAGUUAUCGGUCACUCUCGAUAUCUUUGUGCUUACAUUACCUGUAGAGAUAGAGGUCAUGGCCCCUGACUACCACCACAACCGGUACACAUCUGAGAGCAGCGUGUCUCUGAAUCGCUCCCCCGGACAGCCCUCGUCCUAUCGCUCCGAUGAAGAUCUCAUGGGAAAUUUAGAUGGCCUGCGGGGGAUUGGUGAGGAAAGUAUGUCUGGUGAUCCGCUGUCUAAACUUCCUGUUCCUCACAAAAUUGCUGUUUUAGCCACAAUGGAUGAGAUCCGUUGGCUGUUGGAGGAUGAGAUUGUCUCCGCUCUACGACACUCUUCUGUGAUCAACUCCUCCACCCUACAGAAAGUGUCCAAGCAUGUGUGCCGUUCCAGCGGCCGCCCACAGUGCCACUGUGAGGUCGUUCCUCUGCAGUUUGUGUUUGGUCCUGAACAGUCACUGGAAAAGUUUCAAGAGGAGUUCAGGACGUUAUCGUUCCCUGGUUACCUGCUCAAUGCCGAGCAAGACAACUUCCACUAUGUGUCGCUGAGUCGGCAGCAGUCUCACAGGCUCCAGGCAGCUAGACAGUUGUCUCACAUCACAGAAGGAUGCUCAACAGGGACGGGAGCGACCUCUCAGCAAACCAACGUCUGUCCUGGGGUGGAUGAUGGCUCCAAAGUAUCAGCAAACCUCUGCACAUCUGACAAAGGACCAGACGGUGAUGGCGAACCAAAGAAAAAGGAGCCAGACACUGAAGUUGAGCAUGGUGAGCGAGAUGCGCAAAAGGACAGCGAUGGCAUGGACCGACGACCCACAGCGGCUGACUCCUCCAGUGAAUCUCUCUCGGAGACCUCUGACCCCAGUCAGAUAAGACAGGCUGACGUAGAGGAGACUCGAUCUCAGAGCGCAGUGAGCAGCACUUCUCACCUGCAGACGGGCAGCAGCACGGAGCAUUCGUCUGAUCACACGACACCUUCUAAAACACCCUCCGCUGCCAGUCUGGCUGAAUCCAUGCAGUCCACCCCACACAGCAGUGGCAAACUGUGGCCCAGUCGAGUUCAGAGUGUCGUCUCCAGUCAGGGCAGCCUGGACUCAGACAUGCUGGGUUAUGACGGAGGCAGCAGUGAUUCUGAAUGUGAAGGACCCACAAUGAAUGAGCAGGAAAGACUGACACCCCUCAUGCCUGAUUUCUGGCUCAUCAUCAGGAUUCAUCAAGACAGAGUGGAGAUCUUUUCGCAUGCCAGAAGCUUCAGUAGAGAGAAAGAAGAGGACGAGGAGGAGAUCCCAGAGUAUUUACGUCUCCAUCAGCUGGUCGUGAGGAGGAUCGGAGAAAUGUGCAGAAUAGUUAACCAGCGACUCCUACUGCAGGACCUGCAUGACAGUCACGUAUGUCACUCUCUCCUGGUGGCCGAGAGUGAAGAAGACAUCUGGAAACACGAGUCGCUCUACAGGCCCAGGAUGACCAACUCUGACGGUAAAGUAGCCAUCAACAGAGCCACCCCCAUGCCAGGACCAUAUACACAGAAGAACUACAACGCCGAUGAGAGCUAUCAGCCGCGGGACUACCUCGCUGCCACUAUGCAGUUCAUACCAGGGUACUUUGCCUGUGACGUGGUUUGGAACACCAUUAUUUAUAUUCACCCGCGCCUCAAAAUGGGACCCAAUAUGGGCGUGUCCCGGGCUAUCCAGGCUCUGCGUUCAGUUCUAAAUGCCUUUUGUGUGGUUAACCGUAAAAACAUGUUUGUGUAUCAGGAGCGCACCACCAAAUCUGUGUUCUACCUCCGACUCUCUGAGACAUCUCAGACAGGGAAGUACAGUGAUCUGGACGGAAACAUGCACGUGUCUCGCUCUGUAGGUCUGGCACGCAGUCAGGAACCACUGGGCUCUGAGGACCUCAUGGGUUCACGCUCAUCUCUGGAAGGCUCAAGGCCUGUUGGACUGGUGGACAAACACAUUUUACUGCUGGUACACGGAGUGGGGAGUGCAGGUCCAGAGAUCACAGAUGAGUUAGUGAAGGUCCUGAGGAAGCGUUUGGAUGAGGCUACACUGGACAUCAUCACUGUCAUGCUGGUCAGGAACUGUAAACUGACACCUGCUGAUGUGGAGUUCAUUCAGCCUCCUGAUUCUCCGGCUACAGAAGUGAUGGAGUUUUGUCUGCCUCAGUACUGUGUGCCGUGGAUUCAAGCUGUAGCUCACUACCUCCGUCAGAACCUCCUCAUCUUCCUCCACAUCCCCAAAUACACCGACAGUAACAGCGAGCACCACUUUAAGCAUUACUUUCAUUUAAGCAGUGAGCUGCCUGAUCAUGAUAUCUACCUCUACAAUAAACCAGGAGGACAAGGCACUGGAGGCAAAGGUACAAUGUCGGAGCUCGUUCAGAACCUCUUUCCACCCUCUCAAUUUCAAGGUAUCGCCUGCAUCGCACUGUCGUUUGUGGACGCCAAAGGCUGCCCGCUGCAGCUUCCAGCUCAGGACGGCAGCACUCCAGUUCCCAGAGGAGACGUCUCCACCAUCAUCCUUGAGCAGGUCCAGUUUGAGGCCUUGACGACUGUUGUCAAGGUGGACUCACCCAAUCAGAGCUCAGGUGCAGCUGUGCGUGUGCGGUUUGAUGUGUGGGAGCAGGGUAACAUCAGUCCACUGCAGCUGACUGAAAGACUGAGGGCCGCCCUACGACAUGCCCUCUGUGAUGUCGUCAUGGAGAUGCGCGUGCUGCCCAACCCAUUGUGUUUGGACACCUUUUGCCUGCCUGUUGCCUCUCAACGGGACGUGAAUACAGUUCCCUUCAGUCUUCUGCAGUCAGACAGUAAAGAGGUAAAGGAGAGUCCUCGCCAGUCCAGUGGUGCCCACGCGGUCAAAAGCAGCCCUUCCCCCAUCACCCUGAUUUCCACUCCCAGUUCCACCCCAACCACUGGAACCAGCACGCCCGAAUCCACCACACCCACUGGCAAAACCACCCGCCGCAGUUUCUGGGAGAUGCUGAGUAAACCGGAAACCUCUGAGCUUGGCAGUCCGAAGACGACAGAUGACAUCAUACCGGAGCGAGCAGAAGACAGCCGUAUGGGCAGACGGAGACACAAGACGGAGAGUGUUAAACAGCAGUGGAACCAUGAGAAAGCUAUGGCAGUUGAGCAAGAGCAGGCCCAGAGGAGACAUGUAACCCAGCUGGAGGAAGGAGAUACAGGAACUCUUCACUCUGUUUACCAGAACACAUACCUGCCCUGGGUCACCUUCAUGAACAAACUGAGUUGUCCGUCUAUGCAACACUGUGCGGCUGAAAUCAGCCAUAAUUUCCUGCUGCCCUCCAUCCUCACAGAAAUUGUCAAUCUGGCUAGUUCACUGGCCAAUGACACCACAGUCAAAGUGUUUGAAAGAAUCAGCUGUCCUCAGGGAGACAUCUACACCCCCCUGUCAAUCAUCCAACACAUCAGCCAACCACCUGCCACCACUAGGAGUUUCAUUCUCAUUGGUCGCAACUUCAGCCAGUGGCAUUGCAGUACAGAACAAGAAGACAGUUCAGAUGAAGACAACAGUCCAGUUCUAAAUAUGUGCACACCUCAUAAGGGUCUGCAGCGAUUCGAGGCUUUGGAGCACAGUGAUUGGCUGCGACCAGGACAGACCGUAAGGGGUGUGGCUCCACGUCAGCGCUUCCUGUACAUACACGUAGUGAACAAGAAGGUGACUCUGUACACGUAUAACUGGUCAGUGGAACUGGGCAGCUCUCUCAAUCAAGGUCUGGUCAGACUGGUACACUGGCAGAACGCUCGUGCUCAUGUGGUCAACUGCCUCCUGAGUCAAAAGAUGGGCCUGUUUCAUCAUUACUGCUUCUCUGAUACACCUGCACAUGAUGAGCUGAAACAGGAGCCCAACCCCUUCCUGAAUUCCACUUUUGAGGCAGAUGCUCUGUUGAGGAGUCCGGUUCCUCCAGUUGCGAGUAAGGAUCAAGGUCGGUUGGGCAGCUCGGCUCGUGGUCUUCCUCCUCUGGCAUUCCCUGGAGAACUCGUGCCUUUUGAUGAAGCUCUGAGGGAUGUGAACACAGUGAGGCCAUUGGCCAGUCAGGACGGAGCUGAUAUUGUUGCUCGGCAUGGAGCUCAACUUCUGGAGGUGAAAGCAGCUGAGCGCAGAGAAUUAGAGAGACAGAUGAAGAUUGAGAACCUGUUCGUGACGUGGCAGCAGCGUUCAGCUCAGUCCAACAUGCCCAUCUCUGUAGCAGAUCUGGACACACUGAAGCAGUCAUCUCGACUGGUCCAUUAUUGCGCCACACCGCUGCUCUUUGACCCUGUGUUCCGGAAACAGAUUCAAGAGGAACAGAUCAUCCAGCCACAGAUGAAGAAGAGGCAUCGCUCCAGUGACUCCACCACAUCAGGCAGGGAUCGCAGCUACAGCACGGAUUCUGCAGACAUGCUGCCCAGCAGACUGAAGGACGAGUCAUGGCUGCAAGACAUCUCCAGCACGUUCCUGCAGCAGUAUGUGCAGUAUCUGCAGAGCAUGGGCUUCAUUCUGGUGCAGGUCCGGCCGCAGUCGCCCGCCCGCAGUAUUGCUCGAGCUCGUGCUGCCCUGUUGAAUUCUUUGUCCACUGAAGGCAGAUCUUCAUUCUCUUCUUUCUCAUAUAAUAAACAGAAGAGUGAAGACAGCCCAAAGCAGAGCAGCAGUGGCUCGAACUCAACGUCGUAUUACCUGCAGAGGGCGCUACCAGGAGGCAUCGUGCUGAUGGAACUGGCCUUUCAAGGCUGUUAUUUCUGUGUGAAGCAGUUUGCAUUAGAAUGCUCAAGAAUCCCCAUGGGUCAAACGGUUAACUCUCAGUCCCAUCUCACCCUCUCUUUCCAUCAGGGUUCUCUUCUCAACAAAUCUCCUAGCAAGCCGUUCCCGGAGACGCCCACAGGCUCUGACUCUGCGCUGUCCAUGCUGUUCACUGAGGAGUGCGAUAAGGUUCGUGAUCUGAUGCACGUUCACUCGUUCAGCUAUGAUUUCCACCUGCGUGUAGUGCAUCAAUACCUGCUGGGCUGUCACAUGACCCUGCGGCAGGGCUACCAGCUCACCAGCUUCCUGGAGGACUUCAUCGCUCAUCACCCUGAUAUACCUAAGUUUGGCCGCAACCAUGUCUUCCAGGGGAGUUUCUCAAUACCAACGGGGAUGAUUACAGCACACCAGCUGUAUAAUUACAUCACUGAUCACGCUGGAACGUAUGGAAUGAAACCUCUGCGCAUGUCUAAAGCUGCAGUUACAACCGACAACAAAAAAGGGGUGCCAAGCGCGGAUUUGCACGAGUACGCACUGGUAGCUCUGUGGAACAGCUCUGGCUCGUAUAAAGACCUGGAUGGACUACGUCACCAUGAUGACUUUGAUGUGUCGCUGCUGGUGUGUCAUAAUGCCGCUCCGUUUGAGGAGCAAUCUGAAGGAGAGCGACACCUGCUCAGGUUGCGUUUCUACGUGAUCAUGACCAGUCAACGGGAGCUCUUCCCACGAUUGACCGCAGAUAUGCGUCGUUUUAAGAAGCUUCCUCAGAUCUGUCGUGGCCCCAGUGACCGUAUCCCUCUGGAGCGAAUGGAUUCUGGCAGUGUCGGGGCCCAAGAAUCAGAACAAGACCUGUGGGAGGACACUACGUCCCCCGUGUACCCUGCAUCCAGCCCUGAAUCUGACCCCAUAGAAACCAUCAGAGAAAUCGAUGACUCUCAAGGGAUGUUCUACAUGUCUCCUGUCUUCCCCCUGCUCAAUUCGGAAGUGAUGUCGGCACGCCGGCAGAUCCAGAGCAGCGUGGAGCAGGCCAUGGGUCACUGUCGCAGGGAUAACCUAUGGAGGAGGCUGUUUCAUGGAGAGCAUUUGGCACUGGACAAACUCAAACUCAGCAAGCUGGCCUUCAGUGAACUAGAAGAGCUAUUAAAUGCUGUGCAGAGCAGAUCGGUGGCUGAAAUCGACCCACAGCUGGACUGUUUCCUGAACAUGAGUCCCGCCUGGUACCAGAGUCUCAUUAAAGUUCUAUUAUCACGAUUCCCACAGAACUGCAGGCAUUUUAAGGACGACGGUGGUAUUCAGUACCUGGCUGUCCUGAACCAGAAGUUCACAGACUGUUUUGUGCUUGUGUUCCUUGACACCCAGGCUGGAAAAACUAGUCUGAAGGUUGUUUUCAGGGAGGCGUUACCAGCACAGACUCAGUCGAGCAGCAGUCCACCACCACAACUGGUCUCCAUGUACCAUCAUCUGGAGUCCAUCAUCAACACAGCAUGCUACAACCUCUGGACCGGCCUGCUGUAAACCUGUACCAGUCUCUCUGAACAUGCCGAUAUGCUUUAUUUCACACUCUGUGUGAAUGAAAAGUUAAGAGAGUCCCAAGUUGAAAUCACUGAACCCGGUUUGUGCUGAUUUCUUCCAAGAUUCAGCUUUGAGCUGCCUCCCAGUCACACGUCUCAUGUGUGUAAUGCGUGUUGCAUCAGCCAGGGUUCUUCCAUUUAGGCAAUUAUAAUGCCCACAUUUUGCACAGUAGAACAGCUAAAUGGGCUACCCUGUUGAUUUCAGAGAACGAUUAGCUGGUGGGCUUGAAUUGGUGCAUGAAAUUCAGCUGGUUUGCCAAAGCCAUGCUCUCCUUCUGUAUUUGUGUUCAUUUGAGCUUUUUUUUUUUUUUUUUUU